AUUUCAAGCAUAUCGCAUGCAGAUAUCAAUAAACUAACCUCAGGUCAGGUCAUCAUUGACUUGAAGUCAAUAGUUAAAGAAUUAGUUGAAAACUCAAUUGAUGCAAAUAGUUCAAAGAUCGAUAUCACAUUUACCAACUAUGGAGUGGAUUUAAUAUCAGUCUCAGAUAAUGGAAUGGGGAUCAAGCUAGAUGAUUUUUCACUGUUAUGCCUACGAAGUCACACCUCGAAGAUAGUCGAAUUUGGGGACUUGGAUGAUUUGAGUACUUUAGGUUUUAGAGGCGAGGCGCUCAAUUCUCUAUGCUCCAUUUCUCAGAAGAUGAAGAUCAUCACAAGUUAUACUGAAGACCUCUCAAAGAAGCAUAUAUUGGAGUUUGAUAGAAUGGGUAAUUUGUCAAAUCAUGAAGAAAAGAGAAUAGUUGUUGCAUCAAGUGGCACCACCGUUAUGAUUGAAAAGAUAUUCUCAAAUCUCCCAGUAAGGCACAAAAAUUUCAUCAAACAUACCAAGAGAGAAUUUCACAAAGCAAUCAGCUUUUUGACAUAUUACAUACUCAUUUAUCCUGAAAUCAAGUUUACGGUGAACAACAUUACGGUGAAAAAAAACGAAGUUCUAGUAAGCAGAGGAGGUCCAAAGUCCUCCAUUUUAGACAACAUGCUUACUAUUUUUGGAACAAAUGGAACUCGAGGAUUAAUCCCUAUCGCUAUCCAAAUUAAUGAUGAUAUCAAAAUUGAAGGGUAUAUAUCGAAUCAUUCCUUCGGUAUGGGCCGCUCAGUCCAAGAUCGUCAGUUCUUAUUUAUCAAUAGAAGACCAAUAGUUCACAAGAAGUUACAAAAGGUGAUAAAUGAAACUUAUAAGCAAUUCAAUCACUUACAAUUUCCCGUUUUGGUAUUGAAUCUUAGGGUUAAGCCUCAUAAACUUGAUGUGAACGUUACGCCAGAUAAGACUUUGAUUAUGAUUCACGAUGAACUCCAUCAAUUGGACCUAAUACGAUCCGAGAUGGUAAAAUUUUUUGAGUUACAAGAUAAUCUUGUACCUAAGAAUCUUACUCAAAAUUCAAGUGUCGAAAGACCAGUGUCAAGAAAAGACCAAGAGCAUGGUGCAAAAAAGUGUACAGUAAAUCAGAAUGUUUUCAGAGACUUGGAUAUACAAGGUGAUCCAGCACUUAUGAAACAAACUUCCAAAGUGAAAAAUUCUUCCCCAUCUAACAUCCAAGGAAAUGCAAAUAUUCAGGAGCCAGAUUCUCCGCCUACUGUUCAAGACGAAAUGGAAGGUUUGGAUUCUGAGGCAAUCACAAUCAAACCAGGCACUAAGCGAAAAAGGUCUCAAUUUGACUCUGAUCCACUUGAAAAUACCAUCAAAACUGGAACUCUUGAUUUCUCUCCAGACUCCAGACUUAAGAUCUUCUCCGAUGCUGUGAACUCUGAAUCCCCUCCGGCGACUGGUUAUUUCCCUGAGUUAGAACGUAUAGCGACCAGCGUUACUACACGCAAUAAAAUAGGGAAUGAUAACAAGAGGGUCAAGAAAGAUGAUAAAGUUCAUAAUUUGACGUGUUUGAUGGAUUCUAAAUGUUUAAUCUUCGAAGAGCCAAACACUAAAGGAAUUGAAUCAAAAAAUUGCAAAAAACAAAUUUACAUUGACAAUAUCGAGUCACACCAGGAACAAGAGAAAAAAUUGACUUACAUAAUAGCGAAGAAAGAUUUUUUGAGAAUGAAACUCAUUGGCCAGUUCAACUUGGGAUUCAUACUAGUUUCUUUAAAUGAUCAAAACUUGUUCAUUCUUGAUCAACACGCUAGUGACGAAAAAUACAAUUUCGAGAAACUUAAUAGAGAAUUCCAAUUUGAGCACCAGAGACUAAUUGUUCCAAAGUUUAUCCAAUUAAGCGUCAUUGAUGAAAUGCAAGUGAUUGAAAAUCAAGAUGUAUUCAAAGCAAAUGGUUUUGAAUUUGAGAUUGAGGAUAGUGCAAAACCUGGGUCUCGGAUAAAGUUAUUAUCACUACCAGUACUGAAAAAUCAUACCUUUGAUGAGGAUGACUUUCAUGAACUAAUCGAUCUAAUUAAUGUCAACCAUGGAAACGGAUAUGUGAGGUGUUCAAAGAUUAGAAGUAUUCUUGCCAUGAGAGCAUGCCGAAGCAGCAUAAUGAUUGGUCAGUCAUUGUCAAAAAAACGAAUGGGCAACGUUGUCAAAAGUCUUGGAGCUUUAGAAAAGCCGUGGAACUGUCCUCACGGCCGGCCAACCAUGAGACACUUAAUAGAGUUGGAGAACUGGAAAACGACUGUACCAGAUUACGCGUUGUAG